ACUCGGUCGGCUCCGCUUUCAACGGGUGACACGAACACACAGCGCUCAGUCAUUCUCUGUGCGGGUGAUAAACAACGCAGAUUAAGCACCGAAUGGCUCCACCUUCACUCUCACUCUGGUCAAAAGCUCCUUAAAUCACUGGACGUAUGAGCUCAGCUCCACCUUUUUGCGUCUCUUCACUCAGCAGCUCGUGGAAUCAUGGCGAUUAACGCAGACGCGGAGGACUGGGGCGGAGUCGGGAGCAGUGACCCCGGCGAAAGGGCGUGGCUGUUGCAGAGCCCCAGCGUGGAUUCCGUGGAUCACCUGGACGCGGAGAGGAGGCAGAGCAGCGGUGACGGCGGCGUGUCGUCCUGGGGGGCGGUCUUUAUUGUCGUGAAUGCGGCGCUGGGAGCCGGUCUGCUGAAUUUCCCCGCAGCCUUCAACAUGGCGGGCGGAGUUACUGCGGGAGUGAUGCUUCAAAUGUUUAUGCUGAUCUUCAUCAUUACUGGACUGGUGAUUCUCGGCUACUGCUCGCAGGUGAGUAACGAAAGCACGUAUCAGGAGGUCGUCCGGGCGGCGUGCGGCCGAGUCACGGGAGUUUUGUGCGAAGUGGCCAUCGCCAUCUACACCUUCGGCACGUGCAUCGCUUUCUUCAUCGUCAUCGGAGACCAGCUGGAUCGCCUGGUAGCAGUUGCGACGCCCAGCGCUGACGGCGUCUGGUACACUGACCGCAAGUUUACCAUCGUCGUUACCGCAGUCCUGGUCAUUCUCCCUCUGUCCAUCCCCAAAGAGAUCGGCUUUCAGAAAUAUGCCAGUGCGUUGAGUGUGAUGGGAACCUGGUACGUUACCAUAGUAAUCAUCGUGAAGUACAUCUGGCCUGAUAAAGAGGUGACUCCAGGCCACGUCCCCACCAGUUCCGCGUCCUGGACAGCAGUUUUCAACGCCAUGCCGACCAUAUGCUUUGGUUUCCAGUGUCAUGUCAGCUGUGUGCCGGUGUUCAACAGCAUGAGGAGGAAGGAGCUCAAACCCUGGGGACUCGUGGUCACGCUCAGCAUGAUCAUCUGCCUCUUUGUUUACACGGGGACAGGCGUCUGCGGUUACCUGACGUUUGGCUCCAGUGUCAGCCAGGACGUGCUGAUGUCGUAUCCUCCCGACGACAUCGCCGUGGCCAUCGCGAGGGCGUUUAUCGUCGUCUGCGUGAUCACGUCCUACCCCAUUUUACACUUCUGUGGCAGGGCGGUUCUCGAAGGCCUGUGGCUGCGGCUCCAUGGCGAGCAGGUGGAGGUGUGUGUGCGUCGCGAGCAGAGGAGGCGGAUCCUGCAGACCCUGGUGUGGUUUGUCCUCACCCUCGUCCUCGCCCUCUUCAUCCCAGACAUCGGCCGCGUGAUUUCUCUGAUCGGAGGUCUCGCAGCCUGUUUUAUCUUCAUCUUCCCGGGUUUGUGUUUGAUGCAAGCGAAGCUUUCAGAGACGGACGACAGAUCUACAAGCUGGCACGGACUGGUGAUCUUCGGUGCUGCCAUGGUUACGAUUGGCGCUUUCAUCUUUGGCCUCACGACGACCAACUCCAUCUAUCAGGACGUCAUAAGCUAAGAGGAGAGCGUUUUUCUGCUCUGUGCUGCUAUCACGGACAUGUGGAUAACGGAGAACCUUCUCACGACACUCGCGUUUCAGAUGAAGCAAAUCAAAAGACGAGCAUCGCGGCAUCGGCGUCCUGCUCCGUACAGGAAGUAGAUAAAUCCAAUGUCGAGUGACUCCGGACACUUUUUUUUAAUUAUUUAAUUGCUGUUUAAAAUUUGCACAUUUUAUGCGUUUAUGAUGGUUUUAACUCGCAGUGAGUUCGUGUUGUCAUUCCACAACCUCUGGACCUGCAAUUCAAACAUUCCUGUUUACAAAAGAUGAGGAAAAUCUUUACACUUUAACUCUUAUUUUUGUUUUCAGUGAAACUACAGUCAAUCUUAUGGGCUUAACGUUGGCUCUGCUUAUAUUUGACUCAUUUAUUCACAAUCUUCUCACACCAGGACACAGUAUCAAAACACUUAUUAUUAUUCUCCUAGUCCUUAAAAUGACCAAAAAAAAAAGCAGUGAAAAUGUUAAUUAAAGAUUUAUAAAUCGCAUAAUCGUCAAGGACCAAAAAAACUCCUGAAAAAAACUUUUGACAUUUGAGACUUUGAAAUCCGAGAAAUUCAAAAUAACUGACGGUUAAUUUAAUAAUGGGUUACUAAUUGAUUAAUCAUCGCAGGUCAUUUAAGUGCUGACUCUUUCUUUUUUUAACUUUUUCCUUCCUUGUGAAUGUCAUGACGUUGAAUGAAGUUUUUGCUUCCGGGCUUUUUAAUGAGACAAAGAGUACGGCAGAGGUUUAGUGCCACAUAUGAACAUUUUGGAGACCAAAAUAAAAUGAAAUAAAUAAGCCAGAAUUCCAAAUUAAGUCAUAGAAAUCUGCUUAGAAUUCCGGCUUGAAAGCGUUUUCAAAAAUAUCUUCACAUGUGGCACUAAUCGUCUUCCGUACAGGAGGAAACCACAGUUUACAUAAGAUAUCAGUUAGUACUUGAGUUGGUUAACGUGAUUCCAGCUCACGAAAGAUGAGCCAAAUUGUUUUUUUUAAAUGUAUUUAUUUUACAUGGACAAUGUACAAUUCCAGUUACUGUAGCUUGUAGCUAAUUUUGCAUCGGUCGUCCCUUGAGCAGGUAAAACAAAAAUAUUACAGCAAUUUCGUCAAGAACGUAGGUCGGAAAACUUUCCACGGGAAUUGAUUAGAUUUAAUUGAAGCUCUCCUGCUCUCAUUUGAAAAUAACUAGUGAAGUGCACGGUGAAUUAAAUUAUCAGCAGUAUCAGUUGUAGAGAAAUACUUGGUGUAAUCCAAAUUUAAUUUUUUUUAUUGCUUUAUCAGUGUUUUAGGGAACAAAUGGAGUGAAAAGAGUCGUUUUACUUUAGUAAAUAAAGGGACAAAUGGUUAAAAAAGGGAAUUUUAAAACAGAGAAAGGCACCAAAGAAAACUAAAGAGCAUCUCUUUAUUUUAUUUAACAUUUAGUGCUAUCAUGUUUUGGUAUCCAAUUAGUUUGAACAAUUUUGUGCCAAGUUUCUUUUUUCUUUUUUUUUACCUCAGCUGAAAAUGUUCUGUUUGUGAGUAAAACGUAAAAGGAUGUUAUUGAUGAAUUUGGAGUAAAUUAUUUCUGGAGAUGUAAGUCAUGGCCACAUUUUUCAUACCAGAAACCUGAUUUGUUCUAAUGCGUGAAACUGUGGCUACUUCCUGUUAACGCUGCUGUUUCAAAACAAAGUCCAACUGUGACUAUUUGAUAUAUAUUUAAAAAGAUGCCACCGAAUUUGUAGUGUAUCUUGUUACCUCCAGGUGGCAGCAGCUAUAAGUUAGCUGCUCCAGUUAGCGCAACGUGCGGUAGAUCCAAGACUAUAACAGCUGCGACCAGAUGCAAGCUUCCAAAAUUCCGAGUUUUCAUUAACGUAGCACGGUGACGUACUGGAUGUGGGCGGAGUUGGAUGUCCAACUGGUCGCAGCCAUUGGUGCUUAGUGGAUCCCGCAGAAGUGAUGAAAUUUACCUGGAUCUUUGAAUGCUUCUCGUUAGCUGCUCCCGGUAGCUCAACAUGCUGUAACGACUGCUACCUGAUGUCCUGCAGAUAGCAGCUGAAAGUGAUCAAAUUUACCAGGGUCUUUGAAUGCAUCUCGUGAGCUCAAUAUGCUGUGUAUCUGAGGCUGUAAUGACCUGAAGUAAGCUUCCAAAAAUCCAAGAUGUCAUGAACAUAGCACGGUGACAUACUGGAUGUGGGCAGAGUUGCAGAAGUGAUGACAUUUAUUUGGGUAUUUGAAUGCAUCUCGUUAGCUCCCCACACUGUGAACCCUGCUUUAUUUUACUAGCUCUCAUGCGCCGCUGGAUAAUACCAUGGAAUAAUUAAGCAGCAUUGUUGUUAGCAAUGCCCAUCCCUACAAUUUAUAAGAAUAACAAUCCCUGAAACAGUCGUAAAUUGUUUCUACAGGAAGUAGCUUCACUUCACAGAUUUGUGGAAGGCGUAUGGAUCAGUUCGCAUCAAUCUAGACACAAAUCCAGAUUCAAGAACUUUUAAAAUGGUUGUCAGCUUUGUGAGAAAAGAUGAUUUGUCAAUAUUUUCCGUUCACCCGAUUUUUGUUGAUCCCAUUUAAUCGUCGUUUCUCAGAAAUCAUGUUUGGGUUUUUGUUGACCAACCAGUGACGUACAAUAAAUGAUAUGGAAAUGUGAAGGCAUGUGAACAAAUUCUGACAAUCCAUCCAUGUGUUCAAAAAUAGCAUUUAAUAAUAA